CUGGCUUCGGCUUGAUUUGCCACAAAAGAGAUACAGAAAAUGGACUGAUUUUCAACAAGGGAAGAAAGAGGAAAAAGAUUCUGAGGAAGGGAAGAAGAAGCUAGGAAGCUACGAAAAUCUGGAAAGCCAAAUAUGAAUUUUUUCCAGAUCUAUUUUUGAGGUCACCGGAGCCGUCGCAACCAUCCCCGCCGCGGUGGACCUCCGGUGAAGUCAGUUGCGCCAGACGAAGCUCGCUGCAGCACCCCAGCUGUUUCAGGCGGCCACCACCUCAGUCGCACACCACCGCUCGUCAUCAGCGACAUGGAGCUGACGCAACCUGAAGGAAAUUCCGCCAUUAAUGGCGGCUUGAAGCUUAGGGAAGGUACACCUCGAAGCUCUGCCGGACCCACCUGGCCCGGCCUCGGUCGCUGCCCUUGCGCCGCGGCAACCGCCCGUACCGCCGUCGAUGAGGGCUCACGCAGUUGGCCUCGGGUCGGUGGAUGGAUGCUUCAGCUAGCUUCCCAAAAGAUACGAAGUACAGCAUAUGGAUCAGAUGCCUUGGUUCUCCAAAGGCCACGUCCACUGGAGGAAUGGUGGCAGACAGAUAAGUUUGAGCACCUUGACCAAGUCAAAUAGCAAAGGAACCAAAUUAAGUUGAGGAACUCACCGGCCGGAGGUCUAUACCAAAGGCUUGGAGCAUUAGUUUGAGAAAUCAAUAGUUGGGGUACUUUUGACCAAAGUCAAAAUCGAUGGAAGGGAGCAAAUCUGGCUCUAGAAUCCCUCCUGACCGAAGCUUUAUCUCCAAAGCUAAGUACAUAUACAUAUUCUUAAGUUGGUACACUUAAUAGUUAACUAAUUAAAAUAUUAGUAUUGCUAGUAUUUUUAUCAUCACUAUUUAUUAGGGAUUGAAAUCUCCCGAAAUUAAAUAGUGCGAGCGAUGCUCUAGUGAUAAUUAUUUUCACCGUCAUUUUAAUUAAUGGCCGGUUGUUGUGGGCUCGUUGGCCGCUCCCGAUCAGCUUUAAUUAGUGAGCGGAGCAUAUCUGAAUGGCCUUUGGUAGGAUAGUAUCAUUACUAUUACCUGUUAUAUCACUAUUAUUUAUUGGGGAUAAAAUGUCCCGAAUUAAAUAAUGCGGAGCGAAGCUCUAGUGAUAGUUAGUUCGGCCAAUAUUUUAUUGGAUAUUUGAUUUCUUGUGGGCCUCUUGGCCCACUCUCGAUCAGCUUGAUUAAGUGAUCUGAGCGUCUCCAGAAGGGCGAUGCCCCGACGACGCGUUUUAAUUUGAGGGUUGCGCAUUAGCCCGCACGGCACUACGUGCCCGAUCGACGAUCGUACCCCGAUAUCAUCUACGCCAUUAGGCGCGAAGUGGCUUUUGCCAGACGCGGCCUGUGGGGCCCUGAGGGCACCAAAGCGCUCGGCCUCGUGUUUCCGAGGGCGGUGCGACCAACUUGGGUCUGAGUUUGAAAACUCACAGACCGAUGAAUAUUUCUAUGUGACGUUCGGCGGGCUGCUAAUUGGCCCUGCCGCGAGCUGCUACGUCCAUUAACCCCGCAUGAUGAGCCGGGCCGAGGGUCACGAUGACCCAUAGGCCGGUAAUCGUGGAUGUUAAAUAGAAAGCCAUGCAGAUGGUUAUGUGCGUAUACAUAUUGCCGGGCCGUGCGGCCCGUUACCAUGUUUAUUGCGCAGCUGAAGCCACUCGACGCGCUCGAGCGAAAUGAUUAAAAGACGCUCAGCCCGAAUCUUGAAGACGUUCAGGGCCAGCUAAAGAGGAGACCAUCACGGCUGAGGACCGUGAGACGAGCAUCUCCACCUAGAGGCCGAGGGCCUAGAGGGGACCACCACGGUUGAGAACCGUAGGACGAGCAUCUCCACCCCAGAGACCGAUGGCCUAGGAAGAACACCUAGAGGCCGAGGAUCUAGAGGCGAAUGCCAUGACAGAGAACCGUGAGACGAUCACCCGUCAUUCAGAGGCCGAGGGCCUAGAAGAGAUCGUCACGGCCGAGGGCCGUCUGACGUCAUCAUACCAUGACCGGCCCCUCGACGCGACAUGAUUAUCAUAUUUGAAGACCGGUUUCAUCCCCGUUGAUCGCGGAUGACGGCCGUUGCUUGUUUUCUCAGAUCGGCCUCUCAUUGCCGACGCCAUUAUAUCACGACCGGCCUCUCGGCUCGGCGUGCUUUCCAUAUUUGAAGACCGGUUUCAUCCCCGUUCCUCGCGGAUGACGGCCGUUGCUUGUUUUCUCAGAUCGGCCUCUCAUUGCCGACACCAUUAUAUCACGACCGGCCUCUCGGCACGGCGUGCUUUCCAUAUUUGAAGACCGGCCUCGUCCCCGCACUGCGCGGAUGAGAGCCGUUGCUGGAUUGCAGGUCGGCCCCUCAUUGCCGACACUACCACAUCAUGUUCGGCAUCUCAUCGCCGACAUCAUCAUACCACGACCGGCCUCUCGGCACGGCGUGUUUAUCUUUUGAAGACCGGCCUCGUCCCCGCGCUGCGCGGACGAAGACCGUUGCUGGAUUUCUUUCAGGUCGGCCUCUCAUCGCUGACAUCAUUAUAUCACGACCGGCCUCUCGGACCGGCGUGAUUAUCAUAUUUGAAGACCGGCCUCGUCCCCGCCUCGCGGACGAGGGCCGUUGCUUGAUUCUUUCAUAUCGGCCUCUCGUUGCCGACAUCAUUAUACCACGACCGGCCUCUCGGCUCGGCGUGCUUAUCUUUUGAAGACCGGCCUCAUCCCCGCCACCUCGCGGACGAGGACCGUUGUUUGAUUCUUUCAGGUCGGCCUCUCACUGCCGACACUAUCAUGUUAGGUUCGGCCUCUCGGCACGACAUAUUUAUCUUUUGAAGACCGGACUCGUCCCCGCCACAUCGCGGACGAGGACCGUUGUUUGAUUCUUUCAGGUCGGCCUCUCACUGCCGACACUAUCAUGUUAGGUUCGGCCUCUCGGCACGACAUAUUUAUCUUUUGAAGACCGGUUUCAUCCCCGCGCUGCGUUGGAUGAGAGCCGUUGCUCGGAUAUAUCGGCCUGACCGGACACUAUUGUCAUCUCCAUUAUCAGGACCGACUGCUCAGCGACAUUAUGAUCAUUGUAUAUCGGCUCCCAAUGCCGACCUUCUUGAGUUAGCGAUCGGGCUCACCCCUCCCUUCAGGAGGGUGACCAUCGCCUUCGCAUGACAUUAUAUGUGACAUCACUUGUGGUUAUUCUUGGAACCGACGAACGUAUUUUCCUCCCUCAAAAAAAAAAAAAAAAAAAAAAAAGAAGAAGCAAAAAAAAAAAAAAAAAAAAAAAGAUGGGGAGAAGGGGAGACGAGAUCCUAUGAGAGAGGGAGUCUUGACGAGGUAUGCCUGAUCUUCCUUCGCCGCGUAUGACGAACGUCUCCCGACGCGGAGGUUAGUAGGAACGUGGGGGAGGCUAGACGUACCAAAGGGAACCUCGGCAAGAUAAACCAGUUCCUCCCAUUUCCCGUGGAUCGAUGAACACCUUCUGCAAAAGCAGAAGGCUAGUAGGGCCACGAGCAUGGGACGACGAAGCAGGGAAUCCCGACGUGGAUACACCUGUUCCUCCUUGCGAUCGUUGGUUGACCGAACGUCUUCUUCGAAGUAAGAAGAUUAGUAGGACCGCGACAAGGACGAACGAAGAAUAGGGAAUCCCGACGUGGAUACACCUGUUCCUCCUUGCGAUCGUUGGUUGACCGAACGUCUUCUUCGAAGUAAGAAGAUUAGUAGGACCGCGACAAGGACGAACGAAGAAUAGGGAAUCCCGACGUGGAUACACCUGUUCCUCCUUGCGAUCGUUGGUUGACCGAACGUCUUCUUCGAAGUAAGAAGAUUAGUAGGACCGCGACAAGGACGAACGAAGAAUAGGGAAUCCCGACGUGGAUAAACCUGUUCCUUCUCAUAGUUGGGAUGACGAACGUCUCCUGCGAAACCAGGAGACCAGUACUCACGAGACUUGGGAAGAACGAAGAACCAGUUCUCUACCGGAGUCUGUGCGUGCCGAGUGUACACUGCUUAGCGGUCCAUACAUAGGACCACGGAUACGGUAGACGAACGAAGACCAGCUCCAUGGAUCAGACACGAUGGACCAGCUCUUUACCGGAGUCUGUGCGUGCCGAGUGUACACUGCUUAGCGGUCCGUACAUAGGACCACGGAUACGGUAGACGAACGAAGACCAGCUCCAUGGAUCAGACACGAAGAACCAGUUCUUUAUCGGAGUCUGUGCGUGCCGAGUGUACACCGCUUAGCGGUCCGUACAUAGGACCACGGAUACGGUAGACGAACGACGAUUAGCUCCCCAGCUCAGACAGGAGAGGCAUUGCCCAGAUUUAUUUUCAGGCUCACCAUUCCUUCCCGGAUGGAGUCCUGGCAGACGAUCGGUUUCUCACAGCCAAUCAGGAGAGAGACUUGACACAUCACCAGCACGGCCGAGGGCCGCGAGAGGCCGAGGGCCAUGAGAAGAUCAUCACUAUUUUUAUGCAUCACGAUCGGCCCCUCAGCGCCAUCGUGUCCUGAUUCACGGUUCGGAUCGCCCAUUCCCUCCAGGAUGGCGACGACCGUCUUAUGCAGUACGAUCGGCCCCUCAGCGCCAUCGUACCCAGCUCACGUUCGGAUCGCCCAUUUCCCUCCAGGAUGGCGAUGACCGUCUUAUGCAGUACGAUCGGCCCCCUCAGCGCCAUCGUACCCACCUCACGUUCGGCUCGUCCAUCCCUUCCAGGGUGGCGACGAACGUCUUAUGCAUCACGAUCGGCCCCUCAGCGCCAUCGUGUCCUGAUUCACGGUUCGGAUCGCCCAUUUCCCUCCAGGAUGGCGACGACCGUCUUAUGCAGUACGAUCGGCCCCUCAGCGCCAUCGUACCCAGCUCACGUUCGGAUCGUCCAUCCCUUCCAGGGUGGCGACGAACGUCUUAUGCAUCACGAUCGGCCCCUCAGCGCCAUCGUGUCCAGAUUCACGGUUCGGAUCGCCCAUUCCCUCCAGGAUGGCGACGACCGUCUUAUGCAGUACGAUCGGCCCCUCAGCGCCAUCAUACCCAGCUCACGUUCAGCUCGUCCAUCCCUUCCAGGGUGGCGACGAACGUCUUAUGCAUCACGAUCGGCCCCUCAGCGCCAUCGUGUCCUGAUUCACGGUUCGGAUCGCCCAUUCCCUCCAGGAUGGCGACGACCGUCUUAUGCAGUACGAUCGGCCCCUCAGCGCCAUCGUACCCAGCUCACGUUCGGAUCGCCCAUUCCUUCCAGGGUGGCGACGAACGUCUUAUGCAGCACAAUCAGCGCCUCUGUGCCACCGUGUCUGGCUCAUGUUCGGCUCGCCCAUCCCUUCCAGGAUGGCGACGAACGUCUUAUGCAGCACAAUCAGCGCCUCUGUGCCAUCGUGUCUGGCUCAUGUUCGGCUCGCCCAUCCCUUCCAGGAUGGCGACGAACAUCUCUUAUGCAGCACGAUCAGCGCCCCAGCGCCAUCGUGUCUGGCUCGUGUUCGGCUCGCCCAUCCCUUCCAGGAUGGCGACGAACAUCUCUUAUACAGCUCGAUUGGCCCCUCGGCGGCAUCAUGCCUAGUUCACCUCCGGCUCCGCCCAUGCCAUCUCGGAUGGGGGACCCGUCGUAUGCAGCAUGAUUGGCCCCUCGGCGGCAUCAUGUCUAGUCCACCUUCGGCUCCGCCCAUGCCAUCUCGGAUGGGGGACCCGUCUUACGCAGCGCGUCUGCUUCUCGGCGCUGACAUGCCCGGGUUAUCGAUGAGAGCUACUGCUUCUAUCACAUCUUGCAUUCCCUCUCUCAUACAUUACAUACAUACAUUACAUGCAUACAUACAUUCAUGCAUCAUACCUCAUACAUUCAUACAUACACACGUGCAUCAUGUUUUGACAGUACCGCGACGUCGGUUUAUAGAUGAUGGACCUCUAAGCUUCUCCGAUUGGAAAGCUCGAGUCAGAGUUCUUUACUCCCGCCUGAUGCAUUCAGGGGGAGUGUGCCCGUGGAGGAGCACCCUUCGCCCGACCCUGUCGGGAAGGGGGGUGCCUCACUGGUAGAUUACGUUCAGGAGUGCAGACACUCACUCAUAUAUGAUGAUUAUGUGAAGACACAGUUUCCAGCAAGACAGAGGAAGAGCGCAGGCAGAGUAUAUUUUCUCGAGCAGAUUCGCGAGCUCACUACUCAAGAAACUGGGGGACUUGUGUUGGGAUAUAUUAUCCCGGCCUAUUACUGUUCAUGAGUCCAAGGCUUUACGUAGUACGGAGCCCGAGCAGCUAGGCCCAUUUCGGCCCAUCCGGCCCACUUUAGCCAUUUGGGCCCACUCUGGCCCGUUUGGCCCAUUAGGGUGGAGAGCCCCUUCUCCCCUUCCCCUAUUUAUAGGAGGUUUUCCCUCCAUGUAAAGGGCUUCCUUCUUCCUUCUUCCUCUAGAAUAGCUUACAAGACUCCAUUAAUGGGAGCUCAAAAUGUACUAUGUAAUGGUGAGGAGAGUCCUAAUGAGAAAGAGAGGGCUUGGACAUUAGCCUAAAAAGUCCCGUGGUUUUCUCCCUUUCCGGGUUUCCACGUAAAAAUGGCUUGUUCAUACACAUUUAUACAUAUAUUUACUAUAUCGUGUUGGAUUAAAC